CAGGUAAUUGUUAAAAUUUACUCGGAAGAUGAUAGCAGUAAAACGAUAUCUAUAGACGGCCAGACGACUGUUGAACAGCUGAGCAGUAUUCUCAUUAAAAAGUACAGACAUGCCCCUUCCAAAUCGUGGUCCAUUGUUGAAGAAUGGGAAAACAUUCGUAUGGAACGAUUGAUGGAGGAACAUUUACUGGUGAUGGAUGAAUUAAAGAAGCGGUCACAUGACCAAGAUCACAGGCUAUGGUUCGUCAACAUAGAACAUAAAUACGACGUUUUCAAAAACGAACAAGUAUUAUAUCUAUGUAGUUUUCGUCACUUUGGUUCUUUUUUUUUAAUGAAAGAUUCCUACAACCCCGAGUGCUCAGGGCAUCUUUACCUGAGGCCAGCCAAUAAGAAGUCGUGGAAGAAAUUACAUUUUGUUCUCAGAGCGUCAGGGCUUUAUUACUCUCUGAAGGGAAAAUUGAAUAAGCCUUCUGAUCUGACAUGCUUGCACAACAUGUCAGAUGUUGACAUCUACACAAGUUUGAAGGGCUGGGACCACGAGUUCAAAGCACCUACGCAGUUCGGUUUCGCUCUUAAGUACCCCGGUAUAAAGUACUUCCUAUGUGCCGAUGACGCCAAAACAUUGCAAAACUGGGUUGAUAACCUAAGAAUCGUUAAGGUAAAGAUAUUAAAAAAUUAG